AACAUAUUUCUAUGUUAGUUUGAGCUCAGUCUUCGAAUAGUGGUGGUUUCAUUGGUGUCAACUCCUACAGCUUGAGAAGUUCAUCUGAACUUGGAUCUUGACGGCUGAUUCAGGACUUUGAGCUUCAAUUAUGAAGGUGUCAUUGCAUUUUCAAGUAUUGGCUGCACUCUACAUCUGUAAUUUUGUGUGUGGAAGUGAGGAAAGUGAAAUAGCUCCCAGUAUUGAUUAUCCCUAUAUUGUGCAUAAUAUGAUUAAACUGGCAGACAGAUGGGAAAAUGUUGUAAUCAGAUUAUCCUUCUUACAAGAUCCUGAAAUCAACAAACUUUUGGAUGAAUACAAGAAUGUAGUUCACAGCAAUAAUCAAGAUGUUGAAGUUUUUCUGCACAAAAUGGUGAUACAGCAUUGUAUUUUACGCAAUUUUAUGAGAAAUUUGGAUUUGAAGCUUGAAGAUGAAAACGAUAAUCGUGUAGCUCGUUUGAGAACAGCUAUCAAAUUGAAACUAGAAGUCAGCAACUCAAGGAUCAGCAAUGAACAGGUUGACCUUCAGAUGAUGGAGGAAAAUAAAUUCAAACUGAUGAAAAUUGAUUUGGCUUUAAGCCUAAAAAAAUUAUCAGAAGAUGAUGAAUCUAACGCUCUUCCAGUAAUGAGAGAAAAAAUGAAAUACGUGGUUCAUACUACCGCUAUGGAGUAUAUCUACCUGAGCAUGGUUGACUCACGGAUUUCCACAUUUCUAAUCAAAUUAUUUAAUCUGAUGGAUGUGAAUCAGAAGACAGCUGAUGGAUUUGUGUAUUAUGACGUCAUACUGCUGUUUGAUCCAACUUCAAAUUUUCGGACCGAUUCCUAUGAUGAAAAAAGAGAUGGAAAUAAUUUCAUACGCAAAUUCUUCAAGGAGGUUACUUCAGUGAAAGACUAUCUCGAAAAACACGUCAGAAAUAAACAACAGAUGUAUUUUCAAAAUCAAAUGAUGAUGAAUCAUUUCCACCUGAUGGAGGAAAUUUUAAAUCUGCAAAAUGAUGAAAUUGAUGUUUUGAAUAGGGCACUUGGACUGAAACUUGAAUAUUUCCAACAAAAAUUGAACUGUUUGACAACAAAUAUUUCCCAAUAUAAGGAUAAUACUGGUGAUAGUAGUUUGUCAUUGGAUAGGCCUAUAUCGUUGGUCGAUAUGUUGAAUGAUUCAACUUUUACAGAAUUAAAAGGAAGUUCCAUGAAUUCUGGGAAAAGAGAGAGAUUAGAGAAGGCAUUGACAAUGUGGACCGAAGAAAAACUAGCGAUGUCGAUCAUUGCAGAUGAUGACAUGUUCUUGGCUCUAAAUGAGAUAUUUCUGUACAUUGUUAAGGAUAGGAAUAGAAUAAUUGAUUCUAUGCCUAAGGAAAAAACUUCUUUCGAGGAUAUCAUGCAUAUCAAGAAUGAAUUCAUCCCAGUAUUUCAACCUUAAUAUGGGAAGAUAUUCAAUCAUUCUUAUUCAUAUUUAUUAUUAUUGAUAUUCAUAUUCAUUCUCAAUCUUAUUCAUAGAUAUUUAAUCAUUCUUAUUGCAUACUUAGAGAAUGUUACUUGAGCUAUCUAUAUUUAAAUUUUCCGUACUGGAUAUUUUUCAGAGAGACUUUUUGUAAAGACUUUUUAUUUCUUUCAAUAUUUGUAUAAAAUAUUGCAUUUCAAUUAUUGUUUACUUAUAUUAUGUGUUAAGAGAACAAUUCUGGGAUAUUAUCCUUGUGCUCUCAUAUGAAUCUCAAAAUAAGUAAAUAUACCAAGUGCUAUCUAUAGUGGGAUAGCAUAGUAUAGUGAGCUAGUGUGAUGGUAUAGUUAAGAUAUCUCUUGUGAGAUCCGUGUUUUGAAGUCCAUGGGAAUGAUAGGAUGGGAGUCACCAAGUUGGAUGAAUCGAAAAUCGGUCAAGGAAAGAAAAGCCUAACCUAGCUUUGAAACACUAAAGGUGUUCUCCUAGUAAAGGUGUUUUCCUCCACCUACUGUCUAAAGUACUAACUUACUUUACUCCCUGAAACCUAAUACUAAAGUGUCACUUUUUCGCUCUCGGUAGUAAAAAAAAGAAAAACUCCCUAGGGAGUAAAAGUGACUCCAUUUACAUAACAUGGGGAGCAUCUCUAUUUUGAAACUUACAUUGUAAUAGGUUAGAAGGUCUAAGUCUAAGCUCAGAUGAGAAAGCAUAAUAGAGGUGUCUGUCAUUGAGUCAACUGAAUUCAAUACCACAACCAGAAAUUUUAUUAACUCAUGAAAUAUAUGUUUGUAUGAUAAUUAUUAUAUUCUUAAUAUUAGUAGAUGAUAAAAAUUUAUACAAUUUUUAAAAUAUUUUAUUCUAUUCAAAAUAGCAGCCAACAAAUAUUUUUGAUCUGCAAUUCAAAUCUGAACCGCGUGAUCUGGAGUCAGCCAUUUUUGGUAGCUGCUCAGCUGAUAUAAUUGUUACAUCUUUUUCCGAUAGAUAGCGCAAUCGGCAGUGCCAAUCAGACGACCGGUUUUUAGGUUUUGGAUUUAGGUUAUGUUGUUAGGAAUCAUUGUCACCAAUACGUAAGUUAUUAGAAUUAUUUUAUUUUCAGUUUCUAUAAAAAAAUGUAGUUGGAGGAAAAAUGUUGUGUACAUCACGAGCAAAAAAUACUUUUUCUCCUUCAGGAAAAUUGCUGCCCUCGGCUUCGCCUCGGGCUUCAAACUUUUUCCCACGGGGAGAAAAAGUCGUACUUUUCACUCUAGAUAUACAAAUAACUAUCACUCACUAAAGGUCUGUAGUUUAAAAUUACAGUAGUUACCGUUUAUUGAAACACAUUUUUGAAUAGAUUGAUAUAAAUGUUUUAUCACAGAAGAGAACAUCAAAUGAAAACAGCUGAUGAAAAACGGCUUGAUGAACAAGACUUACACAAUGUAUAGGACCUUUAUCAAGUGGCUGACACACUCUCAUUUUGGAAGAUCUCCCAAACUUAGAUACGGUUACACAUAGUGCGAAAUAGGUCAAGUCUGUAUUUGUCCACUUCAAAAAAUGUUCAGUCCUUAAUUAUUUUCACAAAGUAGAUUUUUAAAUUCAGAUGCUCCAAAACCAAACGUAGAAAAAAUAUUUCAAAUUAUUAUCACUAAAAUAUUAUUGUUAAUUAUUUAGAUAUUGCUGAAUUAUGCUGGGUCAAGUAGCGAUCUGAUAUAGAUAUAGGUGUAGUUUGAGCUGAAACCAUAUUGUAUUUUAUCUUGUAUCUUUUUAUUUGUCUCUGAUAUUCUAGCUAUUAAAUAAAACUGUGUAAGCCAGUUAUUUUGUAAUCUGUAUGAUUAAAGCACCCAAUCAGCCAAUCUGAAUGUUUCUCUGAUAUUCUAGCUAUUGAAUAUAAGUGUGUAAGCCAGUAUAUAUUGUAAUCUGUAUGAAUAAAGCACAUAAUAAACCAAUC